UUUAACAGCAGUUAUACUAGAAAAGGAACUUAGAGAGCUGGCUUGCAUCCUGUCACAAGGGAUUCGUAAGAAGGUGAAUUUGUCACAACUAGUAAACUGCUUUAAGCACCAGAAAAGAGGAAACGGACCUGUUUUGCGACAAAAUGUCAGACUCCCUGGUGGUGUGUGAGGUGGACGAGGGCCUGAAGGAAAAGCUGAAGAAGUUCCGGUUCCGCAAGGAAACCAACAAUGCUGCCAUCAUCAUGAAAAUCGACAAGGACAAGCAGCUAGUGAUCCUAGAGGAAGAAUAUGAAGACAUUUCCCUAGACGAUCUAAAGAAUGAGCUUCCUGAACGGCAACCAAGAUUCAUAGUCUACAGCUAUAAGUAUGUCCACGAAGACGGCAGGGUGUCCUACCCUUUGUGCUUCAUUUUUUGCAGCCCUGUGGGCUGCAAGCCGGAGCAGCAGAUGAUGUACGCAGGAAGCAAGAACAGGCUGGUCCAAGCUGCGGAACUCACCAAGGUCUUUGAGACCCGGAACGCUGAAGACUUGACGGAGGAGUGGCUAAAAGCAAAGCUCGCCUUUUUCCGCUAAACAGAGAUAACUUGUUACUUUUAAGAAACUUGCAUACCUAAGCAAGCAUCUUGGGUUAUCACUAUAUAUAUAUAUUUGAUAUAUAUUUGCCAUUUAGAAAAAUAUCUUACUUUUAAGAACAAAAAUCUUAUAAUUAUUGUUUUUCACUCAUGUGGGUGUUACAACCUUUAAGCCAGUAUUUCUUAAAUAUAACUGCCUCCUUUGUAUUCUUUGAUAAAAUCACUCUUCUAUUGAAAUAAAAGUUCUCUAAGAAAAAUA